AUGCAAAAGAAAUCAAAAGAAUCAGAGUCAGUGAAAGUCUGUAUUAGAUGCAGACCAUUAAGCACAGGUGAAAUGAAUGCUGGCCACACUGUUGUUGUCGAAAUCAAGAAUACUGGAGAAAUCUUUGUGAAGAGACCAUUCACAGAUGAGCCUCCUAAGUAAUUUACAUUUGAUGCGGCUUUCGAUUGGAACAACUCACAGUAAUAGAUCUAUGAAAACACCUCUGCAUAAAUUAUUUCUAAUGUACUCGAGGGCUACAAUGGUACUAUUUUCGCAUAUGGAUAAACAGGUACUGGUAAGACUCACACAAUGGCUGGAGUUGAAGAUGAUCAUAAAUAAAGGGGUAUUAUUCCUCGUGCUUUUGAGGAUGUGUUCAAGGGCGUCCAAAGUGACUCUGUGAAAACUCAGUUCCUUAUAAGAGCUUCAUAUCUCGAAAUCUACAAUGAAGAGUGCAGGGAUUUGCUUUCUAAGAAUCCCAAGAAAAAACUUGAUCUCCACGAAAAGCCUGACUCAGGAGUUUAUGUAAAAGAUUUAAGUUACUUUGCUGUAAAGGAUGUGUCAGAAAUCAGAGAGGUCAUGAAUAUUGGGUAGAAGAACAGAUCGGUUAGAGAGACUAUGAUGAAUGCCGCCUCUAGUAGAUCACAUUCGCUGUUCACUAUUACUGUUGAAAGAUCUGAAAUUGGAGCAGAUGGCAAACCACAUAUUAGAGUGGGUAAACUAAACAUGGUUGAUUUGGCUGGUAGUGAAAGACUAUCUAAGACUGGAGCCGUUGGUGACGGAGCAAAGGAAGCUGCUAAGAUUAAUUUAUCUCUUUCAACAUUGUGCCAUGUUAUUUCAGCUCUUACUGAUCCAAAAGCUACUUAUAUUCCAUACAGAGAAUCUAAGCUCACAAGACUUUUGUAAGAUUCCCUUGGAGGUAAUACAAAGACUGUUAUGAUUGCCAAUGUUGGACCUGCAGAUUAUAACUAUGAUGAAACUCUUAAUACCCUCAGAUAUGCCAGUAGAGCUAAGAAUAUUCAAAAUAAGCCAAGAAUUAACGAGGAUCCUAAAGAUGCUCUUUUGAGAGAAUAUCAAGAUGAAGUUCAAAAGUUGAGACAACAAUUAGCAGCUAUCUAAUCAGGGGCUGACCCUAGUGAGUUGAUGAAGAAGCAUGGUAUCAUUGGAAAAUAAGUCAUUGAAGUUGAGAAGCAAAUCUUUAUUGAAGAUAAGGAAAAGAUGAGGGAAUUUGAAGACAAACUUUAAUAAGAAAAGAAUGACAUCAGAAAAAAAGCUGAGGAGGAAAAGUAGCUUAUUAUCCAACAAAAAAAUUUAAGAGAAGAGGAGAAGCAAAAACUUCUUGAAGAACUACAAAAGAGAGAGCAAGAGCAGGAGAAGGCUAAGUCUAAGUAACAAAAACUGAUUCAAAAGCUUAAGAAAAUGGAGGAAAAGAUGAUUGCUGGUUCCUAAGUCAUGGAAGUUGCUAAGAAACAAUAGAAAGAAUUGAUGAAGACAAAGAAAAUUCUGGAAAAAGAGAGACAGCAAGAAGAAGAUCUGCAAAGGUAAUUGAAAGAGAAGGAAAAAGGCAGAAUGCAGAUUAUCAAGAAAUUCAACAACUUGCAAGAAGAGCUUGAGUUCACCAAUCAAAAAAUGGAAAACCUCUGGAAAGAAUAUCAAGAGCUAACUCAUGAACAUAACAAUAUCAGAGAUGAUUUUGACAGAGAGAGAAAUGAUAUGUACGAUACCAUUUAUGAAUUGAGUAAUCAGCUCAAACUUAAAAACCUCAUUAUUGAGAACUUCAUUCCACCUGAGGAUUACAAGAAGAUUGAGAAGAUCACUGAAUGGAAUGAUGAUAUCAAUGACUGGGUUAUCAGAAAACCUGAUUUCAAGGAGACUAAGGCAGGCUCCAAGAGACCUCAAUCAGCUGUUGGUAUGAAAAGACCAACUUCAGAGUACUCUAGAAUAGCCAAAGGUCUCGGAGACUUGAAUCCCAGAUACAAGUUCGACAACAUUCUGCAACUUGAUCUCGAUAUGCCUGAGAGAACUACAGAAGAUUAUGAAGGUAUGCCAUCUUCCAAAGUGCAACAAGCCAUUCAAGCAAUUCUUAACGAUGAUGACAAUGUCAACGACAACAUUCCGAUCUCAACUCUAAUUAACUUCAAUGACUAAUGCUUGCAAGACGAAAAUGAGAAGAAGAAAGCCACAAGACUUAAGAGUGCAAAGAGACCUAAAUCAGCCAAAAAGAAGGAGUGA